CAGUAGAUCUACUGUGGAGCAAAAUAGCAUUUACUACGGUGGUACUCGUAGCGUAAAGAGGUCCAAGCAAAGACAGGACUACCUUCACUUGAAGACACAGUCUGAGUAACUCUUUGCUAGUAGAUAGUACUAGCGGCGAGCGUAGGAGCACCGCUGCAGGAGGAGAGAAUGCAGCGGAUCAUUGUGGUCUUGGCCGUACUGGGCCUAAGCAGUGCAGCCGUGCAUCUGCCCAACAUUUUCGGAGACAACAUGGUGUUGCAGACGAACGGAGAGUAUGGUGCUCGGUCAUUCAUCUGGGGCACAGCCAGUCCUGGUGAGAAGGUAUCCAUCACCGAGGGGUCUAGUAAGCAACCGCAAUAUGUUGUUAACGCCGAUCAACAAGGAAAAUGGAAGGUCAUGCUGAAUCCUAUUCGAGGGAACAAGCCGUUCGACAUUGUCAUGUCUGGAGAGACCGGCCCAAGCGUGACGUUGCACAAAGUCUUGGCUGGCAACGUCCUUCUUUGCUCCGGACAGAGUAACAUGCAAAUCCCAGUCAGCUACAUUCUGAAUGCAACGGCUACAAUCGCCGAAGCGGACCAGUACAGCAACAUUCGUCUGUUCCAGGUCAAACAGGAUCAGAGUGCCACGCCGAAGGAUGACCUGAACGGUACGUGGGUGAUCAACUCUGCCAAGACCGUGCCACCGUUCAGUGCCGUCUGCUACCUGACGGCGCUGUGGAUGAGUCGCAUGCACUGGGGAAAGACACCCAUCGGUCUCGUGCAGUCCGACUGGGGCGGCACGCCCAUACAGGCAUGGAUGAGUCCCGACGCCCUGCAACAGUGCGGCGAGCACAACCAAGGUGACGUUGCUGUUGAAAAGACGGAGGAUGUUGGUGGCCCGGGCACUCCCAGCCAGCUGUACAAUGCGAUGAUUCAUCCCCUGGUGGGAAUGACGGUGCGGGCUGCCCUGUGGUACCAGGGCGAAGCCAACGUGCCGCAGGGUCGUGACGCGUACACAUGCAAUCUAGGGUCCCUCAUACAAUCCUGGAGAGAUGUGUGGGGCAUCGGUGACUUUGCCUGGCUGAAUGUUCAACUGGCACCAUACACGGGUGGGACAGGUUAUAUAUCGGGUGUGAGAUUGGCAGAGACGGACGUCAGACCUCAUCCACAUGGCCCAGUUGACACUGUUGGAACGGCAGUCAUCAUUGACCUAGGCGACCCAAGCGGUAUCGUCCAUCCACACAACAAGACUGAAGUCGGCCGUCGUAUGGCCCUGCAGAUGCUGCAUGUUGCCCUCGCCCAGCAGUACCCGAAUCUGACAUUCUCUGGACCGGAGUUCAAGUCUGCAGUACAAGAGAGCACGGGCAACGUCGUUGUGAACUUUGACUACGCUGAAGGCAUGUACUGGAAUGACACACAUGGCUGUAGCAUGAAUGAAGGAUGCUGCUCGAACUACAGCGCUUUUGAGAUUUCUGCUGACAACGUAACGUGGAUGAAAGCUGAGCCGAAGCUGGGCACCUCGAGUGUUGAGCUUAUCGCUCCCGCUGGAAAGGUGAUCAAAUUUGUCCGCUUAGACAUCAGCAACUUCCCUGGAUGUGCUCUCUUCAAUAAUGCUCAACUUCCAGCAACGCCAUUCAUCAAAGAGGUUGUUUCUUGGCAAGAGGAACAGGCACUGAGAGAACAGGACGUUCACAAAACAAGUCCUACCUACACGGAAACCGAGGAUCUGACUACGCCUCCUAUGGGUUUCAAUAGCUGGAACUUCUACCAUUGCAAUAUUGACGAGAGGAUCGUCAUGAAGACGGCAGAUGCGUUCGUUGAGAAAGGAUUGGCUGCGGCAGGAUACCAGUAUGUAAACAUUGAUGACUGCUGGCAAGUGCAGCGAGAUGACGAUGGUAACAUUGUGCCUGAUCCAGUGCGUUUUCCAUCAGGGAUGAAGGCUCUGGCUGACUAUGUACAUUCAAAGGGCUUGAAGUUUGGUCUGUACACUGCCCAGGCAGAGUUCACUUGUCAGAAAAGGCCUGGCUCCUGGACCCAUGAGCUGCAGGACGCUGCUACAUACUGUGAGUGGGGAAUUGACUACCUGAAGAUCGACCACUGCGGCGGACACACCAACCCGCACCUGAACGACAGCUGGAUUCUGUUCAAGCAAGGCUUUGACAAGUGCAAGCAGCAGACUGGAAAGCAGAUAGUUAUGAGUGUGGAAUCGUGCCAUGACGUGACGGGAUGUGGCAGCUGGAUUGCAAAGGAGGCCAACCUUUGGCGGACGUGUGGAGAUAUUCAGUCCAACUGGAAAUCAAUCAUGGGUAACCUGGAUAGCAACAACGUGAUGGCAUCAGUGGCUACGCCUGGCCACUACAACGAUCCGGAUAUGCUCCAGGUUGGCAAUUCCGGUGUGUCACUGACCGAAGCCAAAGCUCAUUUCUCUCUGUGGAAUAUCAUCAUGGCACCACUGCUGGCUGGUAAUGACGUCCUCGGCAUGUCAAAUGAGACCGUGGCCAUUCUUACAGCGCCCGAAGUGGUGGCGAUCAACAAGGACACUCUGGGAAAGCAAGGCAUCCGUGUAUCACCUGCCAAUUCGACAGGCGGCGAGGUGUGGGCCAGGAAUAUGACGGACAAGAGUGUGGCCGUGGCACUGCUCAACCGCGGUAACGAAACAACCAACAUAAUUGUCACUUGGGAUAUGAUCUCAAUGCCAAACGAUGCCAAGGCCACAGUUCGAGACCUGUGGGAGGCAAAGGACGUGGGGUCUUUCACGGGCUCUUUCAGCUCACCGGUCCUGUCGCAUGAAGCUGUCCUAGUGCGCAUCACCCCGGCUCAAGCCAACUCAGUAUCGCUGUAGUUCAUGCGGCACAAGUGGGUCAUCAAAUCGAAGGCUGCCGCCUCAAAGAUAACCACAUUUAUUCUUCAAGGAUUUUUAUCUUCAUGCAAUCUUAUCUUAUCUAGUGGCGUGCUCUGAAGACUAUUCAGAGUCGGAUAUCAACUUUUUCUUCUCCUGCUUCGUACCAUGCCAGAUAAAUGUGCAUGAGCAGUGUUGUGUCGUGAUUUCGGAUCUACUAGAUACAUGUUCUGUACAGAUUAUUGGCAAUGCCCUCACGGUCCCAUGUUGCCUACGAUCGCGUUCUGUACUGUGAACUGUCAUCCUCAAUGCUGUCAUCGUGAGUUCGAUGCAGAUGGGAUUUUACUGUGCGAUUUGGACAUGAACAAUUAUGGCGCAGCUGC